AUGCUGGUGGGUCCGCGCAUGCGGGAGGGCCAGGAUGGGUUCUUUGUGGUGACGCCGCUGGAGCGCGAGGGUGGGAGUACGGUGUUGGUGAAUCGGGGGUGGAUUAGUCGGAAGAUGAAGGAGAAGAGGGAUAGAUUGAGGCAGGGGGAAGGGAGGGCGCUGCCGGAGGGAGAGGUCGUGGUGGAGGGAUUGUUGAGGGAACCGUGGAAGAAGAAUAUGUUUACGCCGGAUAAUGUGCCGGCUGAGGGAAAGUUUUAUUUCCCUGAUAUUGAGCAGAUGGCGGAGUUGACGGGGAGUCAGCCCGUUUGGAUUGAGGAGACUAUGGUCCCCGAUAUGGUUGAGGCGAUGGAUCGCGAGGCCAAGGGUAUUCCUAUUGGCCGUGCUGCUGAAGUCAACCUCAAGAACAACCACAGCCAGUAUAUCUUUACUUGGUACGGCUUGUCGCUGGCAACCUCCAUCAUGCUGUGGAUGAUCAUCCGCAAGCGUCCCAACGAGGCUACUCGGCGUGUGCGCCAGAACCGGAACUGGUAG